AUGUCGGAAAUGAUUGAGACAAAGCCAAUUAUACUUGGAACCAAAAUAAGAGUUGGUUCUUAUAAUGGAUUAUCUCUAUCAUCACGUCUGAAAAGUAAAUUUAUGAUCAAUCCUGUUAUUCCUGAGGCAACUUCAUUGCAAGAGUGGGCAGCGAUUAAUGAUUUAUUACUCAAGAGUAUUAUUGCAAAAAACUUGACACACCCAUCUGCAUCUCUAUCUUCUGUUGGCAUUCGGGAAAUAAUCAAGAAUUGUGAUAUUGCUGAAUUCAUCAAAAGUUUGCAACCCAUGGCGAAAACAAAAUUUUGGAUAAAUGCGAAGAUAAUUGUGGUUGAUUUGCGCCAGAUAUUUUUUUACAUAUCAUGUAUUGGCUGUAAUAAAGGAACUGGAUAUGAUUACAAUGAUACAUUCCUUUGUUACCAUUGCAAACACGAAAGCAUUUUCCAACCACGCUGCCGAGCAUAUGUUGAACUCGACGAUAAUACAGGAAGACUAUCUGCUGUUAUGUUUGGUGAAGUUGUAGAAGAAGCAUUCGGUUGUUCAGCAGUUGAGCUUAUAAAUCAUACUGGAGAUGAACAUUUGUCAUAUAUAGAAAAUCUUGUGGCACAAGUUUCACAGAAAGAGUGGAAGAUUGAACUUCUUGCAGACCUUGAUCGAUUCAAUCAAAAGCAGUUCAAGAAUUUCAAUGUCGUCUCUAUUAAUGCUGUACAGGAUGACACAAAAUGA